ACCACCACUCUCUUUCCUUCAAUUCUCUAACCCAAUUAUUAACAUUAACUAGCCACGUUCCACUUUAAACAAACCAAACGCACCCCGUCCAAGUCCUCUUCUCGAUGUGACGUCGUUUCACCUUCCCCAGAACCACCACCACCACUACCACCCCCACUCACUCACCCACACUAUUUCUAAUCCAACAAACCCGACCCAAAACCUCACUUUCUCUCUUUCUCUCUCUAACAUGGACCAAGGCCAGCGCCAUGUCAGCGCCACCAGCGCAACUAACAGUCCCGUGCUCCGCUGCACCACCGUCUGCACUCUCCCCUUCGCGCGCCUCGUCGCCGCCUCCCGCCGCCGCCUCUUCCUCUCUGACUGUGCAGACGGUCGAUCCGACGACGACGACGGCGCUGAGUGCGGGUACUCACGAGCGGUGUUGGUCCUCGACAUGGUCUGGAACCUCGCCUUUGUCGUCGUUGCCGCCGGCGUCCUCCUCUCCACGCUUAGCGAGCGGCCGUCCACGCCGCUCAGACUCUGGCUCUGCGGCUACGCGUUCGAGUGCGUUCUUCAUAUGACUUUCGUCUUCUUUGAGUUCCGCGUCGGAGUUCGCGAUUCCUUUGCUCACACUACCUAUUGCAUUGUGAAGAAGCUAGAGCCCAUAAACACUCUGGCAUCGUCUGUUUGGUGGGUGUUUGGAUUUUAUUGGAUUGUUGUUGGUGGCCAAGCACUUUUGGAAGAUUCUCCGAGGCUCUACUGGUUAACAGUGGUCUUUCUAGCCUUUGACAUAUUUUUUAUUAUCUUUUGCAUUGGGAUGGCAUGUGUAGUUUUCUUUGCUCUCUUCUGUAUCAUCCCAAUAAUAGCACUAGCUUAUGCUAUGAAAAUCAGAGAAGGCGCAUCAGAAGAAGAUAUCAGGUCACUUCCUAUGUAUAUGUUUAGUCAGUCAAAUUCAUUGGUGAUGGUUGAUGACAACAAGAAACAGCUUGUUAACACAAAAGUAGAUUCAUGCAAUGGAAGCCAUAUGAGUGAACUUUCUCUCAAUCCAGAUGAUUCUGAAUGCUGUAUCUGCCUAUGUCCAUAUGCUGAUGGAGCAGAAGUGUACCGCCUUCCUUGUACCCACCAUUUUCACUGUGAAUGCAUUGGCCGUUGGCUUCGAUCAAAAGCAACCUGCCCGCUCUGCAAAUUUAAUAUCCUUAGAGGUGAUACGUUGGUUUGACCUUUCAGAGACAAAGAUUGGACAAUGGUAAUCAUCCCUCAAAACCAACAUGACACUGGAGAGCCAACACACCCGAGACAUUCUGCUGACCGCUGUUGGUAAAUAAAAAGUAGGAAAGGAAAUGACCCCUUCAGCUUUUACUGGGUUCUAGUCUUAGGAUUAGUUUCCAUAAAGCACUUGCAUCUUCAAGUGCAAAAUGUUCUUAAUUUUAUGACGGAGUAUGUAAAUAUUGUCCGACCGAGGAGAACGUCUCCCCAUAAGUUGUACUUACAUUAUAAGGGAUGUUAUAAAAACAAUUUUUCUGUACAGAA